AUGAACUAGAGGAAUAUCUUCGAAAACCUGUGGCACACGAAGUUACUUAUCCACAUCUAGCAACUAUGGCUCAGGAUUUUUUAGCAAUUCCAGGAACCAGUGUGCCUGUUGAGCGGGUCUUUUCUAGUGGGGCUGACCUGUUGGCAAAAAAACGUUAUAAUUUAGGAAAAGAAUCAAUCCAGGC